AUGCAUCAUUCAGUGGAAAAGGCAACGCCUGCCUCGACCCCUGACGCGGAGUUGGGCUCUGAACUGAGCGAUCAGUCGUCCGAGAAUCCAACAACUGGAGUGAGCUGGGCUUUCCCCGAAGGGGGUCGGCAGGCCUGGACGUGUCUGCUAGGAUCCUUUCUUUUGAUGUUCCCAUCGUUUGGGUUUCAGGCUGCUGUUGGCACCGUUCAAGACUACAUCACCACACACCAGCUCGCGGGGUAUAGCGUUCUCGAUGUGGGCUGGAUUACCGCCAUCUUAGUAUUUUUGACGCUUUUCCUCGGUGUUCAAGUCGGACCUCUCUUCGAUCGCUAUGGACCUCGGAUACUGCUAGUGUGUGGCACGACCGCCAGCUUCACCUCGUACAUGCUUCUCGCCGAAUGCUCCAAGUACUGGCACUUCAUUCUAUGUCUAUCCAUUCUCGGGGGUAUUUCCUCGGCAGUGAUCACAACGGUAUCCAUUGCCGUCCUGAGCCAUUGGUUCCACCGUCGACGAGCGUUGGCCUCGGGCUUCUGCAUGGCGGGCUCCUCCGCCGGAGGCGCAGUCAUCCCCAUCAUCCUCCGGACGCUGUUCUCACAGUAUGGAUGGAAAUUUUCAAUCCGGGUAAUCGCCUACAUGGCGCUGGGAUGCUACAUUCUGGGAGUCAUUCUGGUGCGCGGCCGACUACCCCCGACUGGUGGGCCCAGCAAAGCCACGAUCGACUUCCGCGCAUUCCGAUCCCUCCGCUUAUGUUUCUUAACCGUGGCCGUGUUCUCCUUCGAAUUUAUCAUCUUCGGUUGUGCUGCGCUCUUACCGACCUAUGUGCGCUUCGCGGGCAUGUCGACCGACGUACAAUUCUACUCCCUAACCGUCCUGAAUAGCAUGAGCUUCCUCGGACGGGUUCUUCCCGGGUUUGCGGCGGACAAAGUCGGCCGGUUCAACGUGCUUCUGUGCCUGGUAGUUGUCACUCUGAUCGUCAUGGCGGCUGUGUGGCUGCCGUUUGGAUCCCGCGAUGAGGUUACGCUCUAUGUCGUUGUAGCCAUCUUUGGGAUCGGCUCGGGGGGGUGGCUUUCGCUGGCGCCGGUCUGUGCUGGGCAACUGUGUCGUACGGAGGAGUAUGGGAGGUAUUACGGCACCAUCUAUUUCGUCGCUGCGUUUGGGGUCUUGUUGACGGUUCCGGUCGGGGGUGAUCUUCUUCAAUCGACGACCCCGCAGAUCCUCAUUGGGUUCUAUGCGGCUGUGUUGCUGGUUGGGUUUGUUUCUUUGGCGUUGUCACGGUGGGCGUUGUUGAAUUGGAGGUGGAAGUGGAAGGUGAAGGUGUAG